UGUGUCGAAGCACUGUGAUAUAUGGACGUGUUUUUACUCAAAAAGUUCAUUACGUGUAUCAGAAAUGAAUACUGUCCAUCUGUUUGGCGUUUUGCUACUUUUUAUCCAAUACGUUAAGGCAGGAGAAUACAAAGUAACCGAUCAAGUAUAUUUCGAUAUCAAAAAUGACGAAAAGAAACUUGGAAGAAUAGUUAUCGGACUAUUCGGGGACAUAGCUCCAAAAACUGUAGAAAAUUUUAAGGUGAUUGCUACCGAAGGAAUUAAUGGGAAAAGUUAUGCUGGAACCAAGUUCUUCAAGGUAAUUCAGAAAUUCAUCAUACAAGGGGGUGAUAUUAUUCACAAUAACGGAUCAGGGUCGAUUAGUAUUUAUGGAUCGUAUUAUCCCGACGAAAAUUUUGAUCUAAGUCAUAGAUCAGCAGGUUUUGUUAGCAUGGCCAACACAGGCCCUAAUACAAAUGGUUGUCAAUUCUUUAUAACAACAGUCCCUACAACUUGGUUGGAUGGUAAAUACACAGUUUUUGGAAAAGUAAUCCAAGGACAAGAAAUUGUUCAUAUAAUAGAGCACAGCAAAACUGAUCCGGAUGAUAAGCCUUUAAAGCCUGCAAUUAUUUUUGCAAGUGGAAUCAUACCAACACCUGAACCAUUCUUAAUUUACGAUUUUUCGUAUGGGGUUUUGGAAUGGCUCAAAGCUGGAUUUGUUCCUCUAUCAUUUUCUUUCACUAUCCUGGCAUUCUUCCACUGGGCCAUAAGAAAACUAGAUAGUUUUAAAUAUAUUCAUAUGUAACCUGAAGUGUUUUAUAAGUAUACUUUUUAUUAUUCACAUAAGGCUUGCCUAGGCCUUUCUGUGCAAUUUUAUGUUUAUUCACAAUCAGAUUAUUUACUAUUACAUUCUACGUAAUUGAUUGAGUUUUGAACUGCUUAUAACUUUGAGUGUUAUACGAUAAAAACUUAAAAAUAAAAAGGACA